AUGAAAUCAUCUACUAGCUCUGGAAUUUUCAAGUCAGAUGCAAAGUUUCCUGGUUCACCAUCAUCACCAAAAACAGAUCAUGCAGUUGGCAAUACAAAGAAUUCAUUACAUAGUGAUGUCUUAAACUUUGUUUCACACUUGCUUGACCACUUGGAUGUUCCUAUUAAGACUGCUACAAACAUAAAAGUUUUCAGUUUGCAAAUUCAUUGGUAG